AUGACUUCGAAGUUAAAUAAAAGGAAAGUUGUAACUUUUCAGCUUGUUCAUCGUAGUGUAGAAGAUCCUUUGAAUGCUGACCCAAACGCUCCGGAGCAAGUUCUUGUUCCAAUUCAUAUUGGUGAAGAUGUUGAUCCGGAAUUGGUCGAACAACUUCAAAAACAAAUGACACCAGAAGCGCGCAAACAGCAACAAAAGAAGCCAAAAACCGAACGUAAAGGAAUUGGUGCAAGAUACAACAAAUUUUUCGGCGAAGAUUUACCAGAUGAUGGCGAAGAUUACUCACAAUACUUCAAAGCAAUUGAUGAAGAGAAUGAUGAUGGUGUAUUCGUCGCUCCUGAUGGAUCAGUUCACGAUUUACGCAAACGCGAAGUUGAAGAUGUUGAUAUUCUCGUUGAUAAACUCGGUAUUACUAACGAUAUGUUCGGUACAAAAGAAGAUCCAAAUCUUCCAAAGCUUGUUAAUGAUACAGACAAUCCACUUGCCGCUGGAAUUGAUCCAGAAUUAUUAAUGGCUCUUGAUGAUGAUGACGCUCCACCAUUUGAAGAUGACUUUGUUUCUAAGCUCCUCGAUGCCGAGCUCAACGAAGAGGAAGACGAAGAAGACGAUGGAGAAACAUUUACAGAUAGAACAGCAGAUGGCCGCGAAAUCAAGAAGACAAUCAGCCGUGUCUCUGCUACAGCUUCUCAUAUGUCCCACAUUUCACACAGAAGCCAUGCCAUGGAUUUACAAGAAAAGAGAGUUGAUUACUUCGUAAAAACACUUUUCGAGGAAGAAGAAGAUGCUUUUGCACUUGAAGAAGAUAACCUCGAGCCAGCUCAAGUUGACUGGGCUGAUAUUGCUGCAGAUAUGCAGACUUUUGAAGGACAAAUUAAAUUAAAUCCUGUUAAGCCAUCACCAGAAACAUGCAGAGAGGUAACACCAUCUACAGAACAGGCUGGAGAGGAAGAAGAAGAGAUGGAAGAAGAGGAAGAAAGAAGAGAUUUAUACAAAUUGGAUAUCAGAUCUGUUGCUGAAAAUGCUUCAACAACAAACAACUUACCAGCACAAAUUAGAGAUGGAAACAGAAAGAAGAAGUCCAAUAAGAAGAAACAGGAAGAAGAGGAAGAGGUUGAAGCCCCAUUACCGCCAGAAUUCGCUCCAAAACCAGGAGAAACAAAGGAAGAGGCCAAAGCAAGAAAGAAAGCAAUCAAAGAAUACCAGAGACAGAAGAGAAUGUUGAAGAAAGAGAGAAAGGUGAAAUUCUCAAAGGCUACAAACAAAGUCAGAAAGUCUAUUGCUGCAAAUGGAGCUACUCGUGGUACAAGAGUUUAUAAUCUUGACUAA